AUGAAUCGACUAUUCGGGGCAAAGAACACGACACCAAAGCCGACGCUCGAUGGGGCCAUUUCAAAUGUAGACAACCGCAUCUCCAGCCUCGACGUAAAACUCGCCUCCCUAAACUCCGAACUCUCAACCUACCAAGCCAAAAUCUCCAAGAUGCGCGACGGCCCGGGCAAAAACGCCCUCCGCCAAAAAGCCCUCAAAGUCCUGCAACGCCGCAAACAAUUCGAAGCGCAGCGCGACCAGCUCUCGCAGCAGUCCUGGAAUAUGGAGCAGGCGGGGAUGAUGCAGGAUAAUCUGAAGAAUACGAUGACGACGGUGGAUGCGAUGAAGACGACGACGAAGACGCUGAAGAAGCAGUAUGGGAAGGUGGAUAUUGAUCAGAUUGAGAGGUUGCAGGAUGAGAUGGCGGAUUUGAUGGAUGUGGGGAAUGAGAUUCAGGAGAGUCUUUCGAGGGCAUAUGAUGUGCCUGAGGAUGUGGAUGAAGCGGACUUGGAUGCGGAGUUGGAGGCGUUAGGGGAGGAGACGAUGUUUGAGAGUUCGAUGGGGGAGAGUGCUAUGCCUGGCUUCUUGCAGGAUGAGGUUGCGCCGCCGCAGUUUGUUGAUGAGCCGCCGGAGGAGGCGAAGGUGAAGGAACCUGCUGGCGGGGCAGCAUGA